AUGAAGGCGACCCAUGAGCACCUGAAGGAGCGUGGUCUUUUCAGCCUGCCCCCUCCCCCUCCAGGGGCCAACCCUACACAGUACUACCACCUCAUGGCCAGUGGCAGAAGCACCUACGGAGACCUACUCUUGCAGACCGGGGCUGCCGCGGCAGCAGCAGCCGCAGCAGCACACCUGCCCGACUACAUCAGCCCUGUGGACGUGUCCAGGUUCUCCAGCCCCAGACUGACCCCCAGGCUGAACAGGAAGCGAGCCCUGUCCAUCUCCCCUCUCUCAGACGCCAGCAUCGACCUGCAGACCAUGAUCCGUACCUCGCCCAACUCUCUGGUGGCUUACAUCAACAACUCACGCUCCAGCUCUGCAGCCAGCAGCUCCUACGGACACCUGUCAGUCAGCGGCAUCAGUCCGUCGUUCACCUUCCCCCACUCCAUCAACCCCAUGGCAUACCAGCAGCUGUUUAACCAACAGAGAGGCCUGAGUGCGUUCGGCCAUACCCCUCCCCUCAUCCAGCCCUCGCCCUCCUUCGCUGCCCGCCAGCAUGCCCACGCCAUUGCAGCCUCUGCCCUUAACACCACCCACAACACCUCCAGCUCUGAGUCCAACCAGAAUGCUGGUAGCGACCCGGCGGUGAGCAGCACAGUCAACCCCAUGAUCACCAAGAGGCACAAGGUCAAGACAGAAGCAGAGGGUCCCCGGUCCAUAUCACCAUGCUCUCAGGAGCAUGUUCUGGACCUGAGUGAGGAGCGGGAUAAAGAUGAGUGGAAGCAGGAGCCAGAGGCUGUCUACGAGACCAACUGUCACUGGGACGGCUGCACCAAGGAGUACGACACUCAGGACCAGCUCGUUCACCACAUCAACAACGACCACAUCCAUGGGGAGAAGAAAGAGUUUGUGUGCCAUUGGGAUGAGUGCUCGAGAGAGCAGAAGCCCUUCAAAGCUCAGUACAUGCUGGUGGUCCACAUGAGGAGACACACUGGGGAGAAGCCACACAAAUGCACAUUUGAAGGAUGCUGUAAGGCCUACUCUCGCCUGGAGAACCUGAAGACCCACCUGAGGUCCCACACAGGGGAGAAGCCGUACGUCUGUGAACAUGAGGGCUGCAACAAAGCCUUCUCAAACGCCUCAGACAGAGCCAAGCACCAGAACCGCACACACUCCAAUGAGAAACCCUACAUCUGUAAGAUCCCUGGGUGCACUAAACGCUACACAGACCCCAGCUCUCUCAGGAAGCAUGUGAAGACGGUUCACGGACCAGAGGCCCACAUCACCAAGAAACAACGUGGCGAUGUGCCUCCCAGGGGUACUCCCAAGGGAAAUGGAGAGAAUGAGGCAAAUGCCAAACAGAGUGAUAGAGGGAUAGAUGGAAAGAUGGAGGCCAACAGCAUUACUAGAGGAGUGGAGGACUGCCUGCAGGUCAAGUCAAUCAAGACCGAGAACUCGAUGACGUAUCAAUCCAGCCCUGGCGGUCACUCGUCAUGUAGCAGUGAGCCAUCGCCACUUGGCAGUGCCCACAACAAUGACAGUGGAGUAGAGAUGGCCCUGCACAGUGGGGGAAGCUUUGGGGAGCUGAGUGCACUGGAUGACGCUCCCAUGGUGGACUCCUCCACCCUCUCCCAUGGCAACUCAGCAGGGGUGGGGCUUGGGCUCCGUAAAGGGGGAGGAGUCACCAUCAAGCUGGAGAACAUCAAGAAGGAGAGGCUGAAGAAUGUGAGGGAUUCGUGUCCCUGGGUCAACUCUGGUCCACAGAUCCGGAACACCAACACCAAGCUGCCUCCUAUUCCUGCUGUUGGUUCCCUUCUGGAGAACUCCAAUAUGAUCGCUUCACCCGGGCCCUACCCUGGUCAGCGUCUUGGUGACCUGUCAUCAUGCGAGGUGACCAUGCUAAACCAGCUGUAUGAGCAGGGUCGCCGGUACAGCAACACCAGCACUGCCAGUUCAGCCUACACCAGCCGCCGCUCCUCGGGCAUCUCCCCCUGCUACUCCAGCCGCCGCUCUUCCGAAGCUUCACAGUUCAGCAACCGUCACAACAACAUCAGUUCAGCCGACUCCUACGACCCCAUCUCCACAGACCUGUCCCGGAGAUCCAGCGAGGCCAGCCAGUGUGGAGGGGGUGGUGGAAACGGCCCUAGUUUGCUCAGCCUCACCCCGGCUCAGCACUACCAUCUUAAGGCCAAAUAUGCUGCCGCAACCGGGGGAGCUCCACCCACACCUCUGCCCAACAUGGAGCGCAUGAGCCUCAGGACCAGGAUGGCCCUGUACGGGGACCACUCCCAGGAGAGGGAGAGCUCCUCCAAUUCCAACCUGUUCCAGCCCCCUGCUGGAGCAGUGCCCAGACGCUGCAGCGACAUUGGCUACAGUAACUAUAGUAUGAUGCCCCACGAGGUCCCUGGUAACCUGCCACGGAGAGCCAGCGAUCCCGUCCGCAGACCUACCUUGGACCCACUGUCCCUGCCCAGGGUCCAGCGCUACAACAGCAUGAACAGUAUGAACCCCAACUCCAUGAUGCCUCCUCCCUCUACUGAUCGCCGGGGCCUGGCCAUGCAGGGCUACACACGAUCCGACGGAAGUCUGCACCGCCACCCUUUCGCCCCGCGGCCCCCCAGCAUCUCAGAGAAUUUGGUGAUGGAGACCAUGGCUGUGGACGGGCUGGACCAUGCAGGGGACGAGGACAUGGUGCUGCCUGAUGAUGUCGUACAGUAUCUCAGGUCUCAGAACACUGGCGCCGGCCAAUCAGCAGGCCCCGUCGACUACACCAACAGCCAAUCACACGGCUUCCAGGUCCAAGGGAAUAUGACCUCCUCCCAGCAGCCCCAGCAGCAGUUCUAUGGGCAAAGGAGGAUGGCCAUGGUGGAUACCAACAUGCCCCUGUCUGAGUCAGGCCAGGCCCCCCUAACGCUCUACAAGAUGAGCCCUGGUUCUGGAUCACAGCAACAGCAGUACCCAACCUCACCCGGUAUGAACAACAAAAACAACAUGCCAGUGCAGUGGAAUGAGGUCAGCUCAGGGACUAUGGACGCCACAGGCACCCCAAGACUCACAAAGCAGAACCUCCUCAGAAACAACAACCUGGCAGUGGUUCAGCAGAGACAGAACUGUGGGCCUUUCCAGGGUAGUAUGGGUAGUAACAGUAACCAGCAGGUGAUGCCUAUGAGCCAGAACAUGGAGCUACAAGGCUACACUCAAAGAAGCAACGCCCAAAGGAUCAACUUUGUCCAACAGCAACAGAGGCAGCCAUGCAGCAUGAAUUAUACUGAGCAGAUGAGUCCCCAGCAGGGAUACGGCCAAGACAUUGUCCCCAUCCCUAACUCUGGAUCUGGGAAUGGCAGCCUACGACCCAACAACAACGGCAUGGCACUGCCCAAUGGCAGAGUAAUGGCAACACAUAAUCCAGAUAUUCAAAACUACAGAUCAAGGACUCAGGUUGAAAGCUAUCCCCCUCACAUGAAUCAGGUUGAGCAGCUGAACUACAGUAGUACGCCUCAGCAGCAAGCCGUCCAUACUGGGACCAGAGAUGGGAUGCAGCCCAGGCUUCCCAUGGAGACCAAGUCUAUGUCCAGACAACAUGUAAGAUCCAGCAGUACGAUGCAGAACCGUUUCCUUCAGUCUGACUUCAAUCACAACACCUCUGAGGCCAGUCCAAAGAAGCCAGGCCGCACCGCAGCACAUAACGUCGGACAAAAGGGAAACUCCAACUCUAACGCUCCAAUGUUAUACACUGGCCAGAUACACAUGUUCGAGUCCAACAACAACCCGAGUUUCGAUUCCCCCAUGUCCCCCUGCGCACCCCAGGCACUGGUAGGCACUGCCGUUACCAUGGCAUCCCCAGGGGUCAACCAGGUCACCAGCACCGUGGACUCCUCUGGUGUGGAGCACGCCCAGAUUGACUUUGAUGCCAUGUUGGAUGAUGGUGACCACUCCAGCCUGAUGUCGGGGACCCUCAGCCCCGGGCUCCUCACAAGUCUGUCCCAGAACUCCUCCAGGCUCACCACCCCCCGUAGCUCUGUGACCCUGGCCUCUGUGCCAGCAGGGAUCGGUAACAUGGCCAUCGGCGAUAUGAACUCCAUGUUGACCGCCCUGGCUGAGGAGAGUAAGUUCCUCAACAUGAUGAGCUAACGCCUUGGCUGCAUCGCAAUAGUUUUUCUCCCAAAGUGUUCACGUGUUCACUUCCUUUAAUGAAUUUCAAAGGAAAUGAUUGGUGAAUGGAAACUUCCCCUGGCCCAUGCCUACACCAAUCCAAUGCUUUUACAUUUGUGGGGAGUAGUGCACACUUCAGGAGGAAGGAGAGAUUAUUGGGACGCCCCCUUGUAUACUCAGACCAUUUCAAGAAAGCAUCAGGAAAAUUGUACUAUAAAAGCUCUGAUUAUAUGUAACAACACCUUAUGGAAAUAGUUACUUAUCAGGACAAUGUCGAUCUCCACCGCCCUGAAAAGAGACUUUGCUCAUCCAGUUAAAUGUAAUAUUUGCUCAAGUACAUUUUAAGUAAUGUUUAUGUUGAUAAAGUAAGUGUAGUAAAGACAUUAGGGGUAUUUGUAUCACUGUUUUAAAAAGCCAUACUUUGUAUCUACGAAUAAAAAUAGACAAGGGUAUAAAAAUACAUUGGCAAAUGUGUCCAUUGUUGAUGCUUGUUACCUUUUAAAAAGCAGUGCACUGAAAGCAGUUCACCAAGUGCCUUGAUAAAAAGAUCAAGUUUGAGUAAUAUGUGAACUCAUAAAACGUACAUACAUGUAACAAUGUUGCCAAGAAAAAAUGCGUAUGAAAAUAUUAGAAUAUCAUUUCUCAUUACAACCUUCCAUCAUGUUUAUAAAUAUACUGUAAGGUACGUGGUUUAAAUUAUGUUGAAGAGACGUAAUUAUUGCAAGCCGUUUACAGUAUGAUGCCACUAUUUAACAUUGCGAUGCUUUCAUCUAUCCUCGUAUAGAGGAGCUUGCAGUGGAACAGGUUCCCUUGCCAAGCUCUUAGGGCCGGUUUCCCGGACAAAGAUUAAGCCUAGUGCUGGACUACAACCCAUGCUUAGUGGAGAUUACCCAUUGAAAAUAAUUUUUAGUCCAGGACUAGGCUUAAUCUGUAUCUGGGAAACCAGACCCUGGCGUACAGCAGGAGAUGGCCCCUUUCAGUCAUACUGUAUAAAAGAUCCUCCAAGUGCCCUCUAAAAAAUGUCUAACCCUCUAUGGACCCUCCUCCUUGUCAGACUUACUGUCUGAUUGAAAAGGACAGAGAUCUGCCUCAGUGUCAGUCAGUCUGUGAAGAUACACACGGAUCCCCAUGCCUCGCAACGUCUUGGAGGAAUCAGAUCUCUAAAGGAAUAUGCAAGUACUCCAUGUGUUCUCUAUGGACAUGAUCACACACUAAUUAGUGGAUUCAUUACCCCUCCCUCUUCCCUGAGUUCUGAGCUAGACAUGGACUAUAUGGAGAUUCAAAUAAGGAAUGUAUUACUUUGAUUACGAAUCAUAUCAAAGACAAUGAGAUACCGCAACUCCUAAGUUUUUAUUUCGUUUGUUUCCUGGAGUUAAAGUAGCCUUGUAGUAUGUAUAGGUAUACUGCUCAUUCAUUUGGCUAUGCUCAGUGUGAGUGUGUGUGUAUGUUGUAUAUAGCUUUUGUACAUUUCAAAUACAGUAUCCACGUUUUUCUUUUUGAACCAAAGUCUUGUUUUGUGUCUCCUUUGAAAUCACAUGGUCUCGUCCCUCUGCGACACAUGAAAGCAAUGUGUCGUUAUCUAAACUCUUCAGCACCCACCCUAAUGAAUUCUACACACCAUGAAAACCAUCCCCAUGUCAAAUAACUAUAGAGCGUGGCAAUGUUCCCGCUGUUGCGGAGACGUCGCCUCAACUGGAAAUUAACGUGACAUUUUAUUGCAGAUCUUACGCGAUACUUCAUCAAUACAGAUUGAUAUACAGUACCAGUCAAAAGUUUGGAUACACCUACUCAUUCAAUGGUUUUUCUUUAUUUUUUCAAGAACUUUGAAGGUUUCUUCAAGUGCAGUUGCAAAAACCAUCAAGGGCUAUGAUGAAACUGGCUCUCAUGAGGACUGCCACAGGAAAGGAAGACCCAUAGUUACCUCUGCUGCAGAUGAUAAGUUCAUUAGCCCAAAUAAAUGCUUCACAGAGUUCAAGUAAGAGACACAUCACAACAUCAACUGUUCAGAGGAGACUGCGUGACUCACUCCUUCAUGGUCGAAUUGCUGCAAAGAAACCACUACUAAAGAACACCAAUAACAAUAAGAGAUUUGCUUGAGCCAAGAAACACGAGCAAUGGACAUUAGACCUGUGGAAAUACCUUCUUUGGUCUGAUGACACUGGCGUGUCUUUGUGAGACGCAGGGUAAGUGAAAGGAUGAUCUCUGCAUGUGUGGUGAACCAUGGAGGAGGAGGUACGAUGUUUUGGGGGUGCUUUGCUAGUGACACUGUCUGAUUUAUUCAGAAUUCAAGGCACACUUAACCAGCAUGGCUACCACAGCAUUCUGCAGCGAUACGCCAUCCCAUCUGAUUUGCCGUUAGUGGGAUUAUCAUUUGUUUUUCAACAGGACAAUGACCCAACACACCUCCAGGCUGUGUAAGGGAUAUUUGACCAAGGAGAAUGAUGGAGUGCUGCAUCAGAUGACCUGGCCUCCACAAUCACCCGACCUCAACCCAAUUGAGAUGGUUUGGGAUGAGUUCAACCGCAGAGUGAAGGAAAAGCAGUCAACAAGUGCUCAGCAUAUGUCAAAACUGUUGUAAAAACAUUCCAGGUGAAUCUGGUUGAGAGAAUGCCAAGAGUGCAAAGUUGUCAUCAAGGCAAAGGGUGGCUACCUUGAAGGAUCUAAAAUAUAUCUUGAUUUGUUUAACACUUUCAUUGGUUACUACAUGAUUCCAUAUGUGUUAUUUCAUCGUUUUGAUGUCCUCACUAUUAUUCUACAAUGUCGAAAAUAGUACAAAUAAAGAAAAACCCUUGA